UCUCUCACCUUUUAGCUUCUCAACUUCUUAACCAGUCAAGCUUUUUCUUCUCGAACUAUAUUUUCUUCUCUGAAAAUCAAGAAAUCCUGAAACGUUUCCAAACUCGUAAUUUUUACGUUUCGAAAAAUCGUGCUUCAGCUUUUAAGAUUCUUGAAUUAGAAACCAGAUUAGAGCUCUGAUCUGGUUUUAUUAUUAUCAUUUUUUUAUGUGCUAAAUCGAGCUUAGCAAUGGCGAUUUGGUCCUUGUCAGAAGAUCGCCUAAGAGGUCGAUUUUUGAAGAAAACAUGUAAGGGUUUCAUGUAUACAAAGCCUAUCCAUUCUUAAUUACUUGUCUGUUUGAAACUGGUUGAUGGGGGCUGUUCCAGCAAACAGUGAUGGUGUUCGGGGUAGAGGGUUGGUAGAACAAAAUUACGGAAUGUGUUACGAGAAAAAGGAAGUGAGUAAUGAAGCAGUGGGUGAAGGGCAAGGCUUGGGAUCGUCAGAGGAAGAUGAGUCAAGAAACAAUGAGGUAACUCAAGAUGUAAGCAAUGGGGCCGGAGGGUUGAUUCAGGUUCAUGAUGGGUUGCAGAUACUGCAACAACAGCUUCCAGGGCCUGUGAUACGUUGGGAGAGGUUUCUUCCUGUUAGAUCUUUGAAAGUUUUGCUAGUUGAAAAUGAUGAUUCUACACGCCAGGUUGUCAGUGCUCUGCUACGAAAUUGCUGUUAUGAAGUUACUGCUGUUGCUACUGGCAUUCACGCAUGGAAAAUCUUAGAAGAUCCAACUAAUCAUAUGGAUCUCAUCCUAACAGAGGUAGCCAUGCCUUUAUUAACUGGAAUUGGUCUUUUAUCCAAGAUUAUGAACCACAAAACUCUCAAGAAUGUUCCCGUAAUUAUGAUGUCAUCUCAUGAUUCGAUGGGUAUAGUCUUUAAAUGUCUGUCCAAGGGUGCGGUUGACUUUCUGGUGAAACCUAUUCGGAAAAAUGAACUUAAAAACCUCUGGCAGCAUGUUUGGAGAAGAUGCCAUAGUUCUAGUGGCAGUGGGAGUGAAAGUGGGACACAGACUAGAAAAUCAGCAAAAUCAGAGAGUAAUGAUGAGUCUGACAACAAUACUGGCAGCAGCGAUGAGCAUGAUAAUGGAAGUAAUGGUCCAAGUCUUCGGGAUGGAAGUGACAAUGGAAGUGGAACUCAGAGUUCAUGGACCAAAGGGGCAGCUGAAGUUGAAAGCCCUCAACUAGUGUCACCUCCAGAUCAAAUUGCUGAUGCACCUGAUAGCACCUGUGCCCAGGUGACUCAUAAAAAGCCUGAAAAAGUUGGCAACAGGCGGGUGCAUGUUACUGAAACAAAAGAGUGCCCUGAACAGGAUGAGCAACUUGAAGUAUCUAAAAAUCCAGAAUGUCAACAUGAAAUGCUAUCUAUCCAUCUAGCGAGCAGAAGGCAGAAUCAAUUGCUCGAAGUAGAUAGUAAGCCAUCUGAUAGUGGUCAGCUGGAGCAGAACAGUGAGAACCUAGCCAGCAAACCAGCAAACGGAUCUUCCAAUAUAGUUAGUGCAGUUAUCAAUUCUACUGAUCCUGAGGCUGAAAGCAGAGACUUUGACAUUCCAAAUGGCCUUUCUGAUAUCUCACAAAUCAAAGCACAUUCUGAUUCUAGACAACCUCCGUCCCUGGAACUAACUCUGAAGAGGCUGAGAGAAGAUGUUGGAAAUGUUGCACAUGAUGACCGCAAUGUUCUGAGACAUUCAGAUGUGUCAGCAUUCUCGAAAUACAAUACUGCCUCUUCUGCAAACAGGGCACAGAUGGGGAAUGUAGGAAGCUGUUCUCCACUUGAUAAUAGUUCGGUCGCACUGAAUACAGAAACAAUGCACACUUUUCCUUCUCAUUCAAGUGGCACUCUUCCAAAUCAGCAGUCUAAUGGGAGUAGCAACAACAUUGACAUGGCCUCCACCAAUAAAUGUGUUAUCCCCAAGCCAGAAGUGUAUGAAGAGAAGCCAGAGUCUGCAUCAGCUUUCAAAUCUUUUCAUUCUUCUGCAUUCCAACCUGUGCAGAAUAGUUGUAUUUCUUCAUCCCAGCAAGUAACCACUGUGAAAGCAGCUGAUGGGGAAGUUAACAAGAUUCAAGCCCAAACGAGAGGCUCACAACAGCAAGUCCAAGUCCAGCACCACCAUCAUCACCAUCACCAUUAUCACCAUCAUGUCCACAACAUGCAGCAGCGUCAGCCGCAGCCUGACCAUGAAGAUAUCUCCCAGAAGAACAUGGCUGGAGCUGCUCAGCAAUGUGGAUCAUCAAAUGUGUUAGGAGGUCCCGUUGAAAGUAAUGCUGGAAACUACAGCGUCAAUGGAAGUGCUUCUGGAAGUAAUUAUGGCUGCAAUGGACAGAAUGGAAGCAGCACUGCCUUGAAUGCUGGAGUAACAAAUGUGGAAAGUGAAAAUGGGGCAGGUGGAAGCAGUGGAGCUGGUGGCAUUAGCGGGAAAAACAGUGGGAGUGGAGCAGAUGAACGGGUGGCACAUAGAGAGGCUGCGUUGACCAAAUUUCGUCAGAAAAGGAAGGAGAGAUGCUUUGAAAAGAAGGUUCGAUACCAUAGCAGGAAAAAACUGGCAGAACAACGCCCUCGUAUCCGUGGACAAUUUGUUCGGCAGAUAACGUCUGACUCAAUAGCAGGAAUAGACUGUGAGAGCAAAGAUGAUGCAUCUGGGGAUGAUUCUUGUGACGGUGCCCAAUAACAAGAGCCAGAGUGCAGAUCGCUAUAACCCUUGUGCUGGGCAAUGCUUCUGGGUUUGUGUACAUGAGACUAGCACUAGUUGUGAAUGUAGGGAAGGAGUAUUAGAUUUGCACUCUUUAAGGUUUUUUUUUUAUAGUGUUAUUAUUAUAUUUGUGAAAACAAACAUUUAAUGUAUUGAGGUUGCUGUCAUUUUGUUGAACAGGAUAACCUAACCUCUCUACGAAAUAAAGCUGUCAUUUUGUUGUGUUGUC